UAGAACUUUGUCCAUAACCCUUUAGCUCAUCUCUUAUCCUCUCUUUAGUUUUAAUUUACUCACCAAUGGCUUCACUUCCACUUGUCUUCUUCUUUUUAAGCUGUUUCUUCUAUUCUACUUUCGCUGAUUAUGGAGGAUGGCAAACUGCUCAUGCCACUUUCUAUGGAGGGGGUGAUGCCUCUGGCACAAUGGGGGGUGCUUGUGGAUAUGGAAAUUUGUAUGGCCAAGGGUAUGGAAGUAACACUGCAGCACUAAGUACAGCAUUAUUCAACAAUGGUUUAACUUGUGGUGCUUGUUAUGAGCUUAUGUGCAACAAUGAAGCUCAAUGGUGUCUACAAGGGACUAUUACAGUGACUGCAACAAAUUUUUGCCCUCCAAACCCAUCCUUACCUAACAACAAUGGUGGUUGGUGCAACCCUCCUCUCCAACACUUUGAUUUAGCACAGCCUGCUUUCUUACAAAUUGCUAAAUACAAAGCCGGUAUCGUCCCUGUAUCUUUCAGAAGGGUGCCCUGUAUGAGAAAGGGUGGAAUAAGGUUUACAAUAAAUGGACACUCUUUCUUCAACUUAGUUUUGGUAACAAAUGUUGGUGGUGCUGGUGAUGUUCAAUCAGUUUCAAUUAAAGGGUCCAACACUGGAUGGCAAGCAAUGUCAAGGAAUUGGGGCCAAAACUGGCAGAGUAAUUCCAAUCUCAAUGGCCAAACUCUUUCAUUUCAAGUCACUACAAGUGAUGGAAGGACUCUAAUUAGCAACAAUGCUGUACCAGCUAACUGGCAAUUUGGACAAACUUUUGAAGGAGCUCAAUUUUAAUUAAAUUACUUUCACAAGAAGAAAAAGAAAAAAAAUUGAGGGGUUUUCAAUUUGUAAUUUGUAUAUGGCAUGAAAGGGUGAGUAGGUUUGGUGAGAAAGCUCCUCAUGGUGGGAGUUUGGCUCUAUUGCUGUGGUGGCUGGGUUGCACCCGCUUAGGCCUAUUUAGUAUAUAUGCUUCCAUCUUUUUAGAGAUAUUUGAUUAGUGGCCUUUUAUGGAUUUGAAGGUCACUUGAAUAUCACAUAGAUUUAGUCCCUAAUUCAUUGUGUAAGCAGAAUUAGGGCAACUUAAUGUUAUCCUUCCUUAUAAUAGCUUUGCUAUAUUUUCUUCUUCUA